AUGGGAGUGGGAAUAUUUGAAUUUUUCUGUCUCCGACAGCUCGUGGUUCCAGAAUAUUCCAUCCAUGGCCUUUUCUGCCUGAUGUUUCUCUGUGCAGCUGAAUGGGUGACUCUGGGCCUCAACAUCCCCCUCCUGUUCUACCACCUGUGGAGGUAUUUUCACCGCCCGGCAGAUGGUUCAGAAGUCAUGUACGAUGCCGUCUCUAUCAUGAAUGCUGACAUCUUAAAUUAUUGCCAGAAAGAAUCAUGGUGCAAACUGGCUUUUUAUCUGUUGUCUUUCUUCUAUUACCUGUACAGUAUGGUUUAUACCCUGGUGAGUUUCUAACCACGCCAACAGAAGGGGCAGGACCCUCUGAAUGACCUCCCGCUACCCCCCCCAAGCCCCGCCUUUGGUUCCUCCCGGAUGAAUCGAGACACCCACCUACCCAACCAACGUUCUUCCUGGAGGCCGAAACGCUAAACCAAGAUGGACCCACCGGUGCCUGACGGAAGCCGUACUAGCCGGAAAUCCACCACGGCUGUUUC